AUGAGGCUCGGAGGCGGCGGCGGCGGCGGCAGCGGCAGCAGCCCGCGGGCGGCGGGCCCCCCCGCGAACGGCAGCCGGUGGCGGGGGGCUGCGGAGGGCGGCAGCAGCCCCAGCCCCAGCCCCGAGGCUUGGUCGCGGGCGCCCAACGGCAGCGCGGGCGAGUGGGACCCGUUCGGGCGGGACGAAGAGCUCGCCAAGCUAGAGAUCGCCGUGCUGGCCGUCACCUUCGCGGUGGCGGUGCUGGGGAACGGCAGCGUGCUGCUGGCGCUGCGGCGCACCCCGCGCAAAGCGUCCCGCAUGCACCUCUUCAUCCGGCACCUCAGCCUGGCCGACCUGGUGGUCGCCUUCUUCCAGGUGCUGCCGCAGCUCUGCUGGGAGGUCACGCACCGCUUCCACGGCCCCGACGGGCUCUGUCGCGUCGUCAAGCACCUGCAGGUGUUCGGCAUGUUCGCCUCGGCGUACAUGCUGGUAGCCAUGACCGCCGACCGUUACAUCGCCGUGUGCCACCCGCUGAAGACGCUGCAGCAGCCCACCAAGCGCUCCUACGCGAUGAUCGCGGCCGCCUGGGGGCUCAGCCUGCUGCUCAGCACCCCGCAGUACUUCAUCUUCAGCCUCAGCGAGGUGGAGCGCGGCUCGCGGGUCUACGACUGCUGGGCUCACUUCAUCAUGCCCUGGGGGCCCCGCGCCUACGUCACCUGGAUCACCGGCGGCAUCUUCGUGGCUCCCGUGCUCAUCCUCGCCACCUGCUACGGCUUCAUCUGCUUUCGCAUCUGGCGCAGCGCCCGCGGCAGAGCGCGCCCCGGGGAGGCGGCGGGCGGCGGCCCUCGACGGGGGCUGCUCCUCGCCCCCUGCGUCAGCGGAGUCAAAACCAUCUCCCGCGCCAAGAUCCGCACCGUCAAGAUGACCUUCGUCAUCGUCUCGGCCUACAUCGUCUGCUGGGCGCCCUUCUUCACCAUCCAGAUGUGGUCCGUCUGGGACCAGCGCUUCUCCUGGGUCGACUCUGAAAACACUGCAACCACCGUCACCGCCCUCCUGGCCAGCCUGAACAGCUGCUGCAACCCCUGGAUCUACAUGUUCUUCAGCGGGCACCUCCUACAGGACUGUGUGCAGAGCUUCCCUUGCUGCCAAAAGAUAAGGCAGACGCUAAGCAAGGAGGAUUCAAACAGCAACAGCAGGCGACAGACUUCUUUCACCAACAACCGGAGCCCGACGCACAGCCUGAACACCUGGAGGGAGUCUCCCCACUCCAAGUCCACCAAUUUCAUUCCCGUGCCCACCUGAGGCCCUGGGCAGGUGGGCCUGAGCACUUGGGGCUGGGCACGGGCACCGGCCAUGGCAGCAAGGAGGGACAAGGAUGGCCACAGGCCUACACGUGUUGCCUUGCUUGGUGAGCUAUUCUGCAGCCUGUAAGUUGUUGUGUGAAAGGUAUUUAGGGCUUGGGCAACUGAUCAGA